AUGCCAAAUAAGUUGGCGCGCAAUCAGCUGCAAACAGCCGGCGAUACACCCACGCUUAUAGCUUUCCAAUUCACGAAGUUCCCUAGCGUGCUGAAGGCUGGACAUUGCCAUGGUGGCGUGGCCACGGCCCGUCUGGAGAACCAAAGCGCUUUGCAAGAUGCCGCGGGACUUGUUAGCGGCGCUGGCAAUGACUCGCAUUGUUAUUGCACCAUCGAGCCCUACAUCGAUGCCAAGUUCAGCGUGCACAUUCAAAAGAUUGGCAACAACUACAAGGCUUUUAUGCGCAAAUCCAUCACUGGCAAUUGGAAGACCAAUCAAGGCUCAGCCAUGCUCGAGCAAAUCACUUUAACCGAGAAGUACAAAACCUGGGUGGAUGAGAUAUCGGAACUGUUUGGCGGCAUGGAGGUGUGCGGCGUUUCCGUGGUGGUGGGCAAAGAUGGGCGCGAGUACAUUAUAAGUGCCUGUGAUAGCACUUUCGCUCUGAUUGGCGACAGCCAGGAGGAGGAUCGCAGGCAGAUAGCUGAUCUGGUGUCUGGACGCAUGCAGAACGUGUGCCGGCCCAGCAUGGCGCAGACUGGUCCCGGCAAGCUGCCAUCGCGUUCUUCGGUCUCUUCGCGCGCCGAGAGUCCCACUGACGAUCUGGCACCGACUCCACCGCUGCCCGCUGGACCCAGGCCAGCUCCAAUGGGCGGACCACCACCCAUACCGGAACGCACCUCGCCAGCGGUUGGCUCCAUCGGACGUCUGAGCAGCCGCAGCAGCAUUUCAGAGCUGCCUGAGGAGCCGUCCUCGUCGGUACCCAGCACGGUUGGUGGCGUGCGUCGUGAUUCGCAAACGUCGCAGGCAUCGAGCAUCUCGACAGCAUCCAGGGUCGGACAGCGUCCUCCGCAAACUCAGAGCUCGGUUGUUGAGGAUGCGGAGGACACCAUGAAGAACCUGAGGAAGACUUUCGCAGGGAUAUUUGGUGACAUGUAGGAAAUCGCUAAUAAGAA